AUGCCAUAUUACAGAUAUUCCAGGUUUCGUUCCCCUAGGCGCAGAGGUUUUUUUGGUGGAGGUAGAAGACUUCGAUCUGUUGACUGGAGUGCUUACACCCUUGCAAAGUUUGAGAAGAAAUUUUACCACGAGUGUUCAAGUGUUCGUGAUCGUUCACGCAGAGAUGUGGAAGAAUUUCGUGCAAAGCACAAAGUUACGGUCCUUGGCCACAAUGUUCCAAGACCUCUAUUUAAAUUCAGCGAGGCUGGUUUCCCUAGUUACAUAAUGAGUGUAAUCAAGAAGAAUAAAUGGGAGUCACCUACUCCUAUACAGUGUCAAGGUUGGCCGGUGGCACUCAGUGGACGUGACCUGGUUGGAAUCGCUCAAACUGGUUCAGGAAAGACGGCUAGUUUCCUUUUGCCAGCUAUCGUACAUGCUAAAGCCCAACCAAGUCUAAAACGAGGAGACGGACCCAUUGUACUGAUACUUGUCCCUACAAGAGAACUUGCACAGCAAGUUGAGAAAGUUGCAGAAGAGUUUUGCUAUUCAGCGGGGUUUAAAUCGGCCUGUCUUUAUGGAGGGACGUCAAGAAGCGGACAGGCAGAAGCUUUGGGCCAAUCCCCUGAAGUGGUGAUCGCAACACCUGGCCGGCUUCUUGAUUUUCUUGAAUCAAGGCACACAAAUAUGCGUCGCUGUACUUACUUGGUGCUUGAUGAAGCUGAUCGUAUGUUAGAUAUGGGGUUUGAACCUUCCAUAAGAAGAGUUGUAUCUCAAGUUCGCCCGGAUCGACAGACAUUGAUGUGGUCGGCGACUUGGCCCAGGGAAGUUAAAGCGUUGGCAGAAGACUUCCUUUAUGAUUAUAUUCAGAUCAAUGUCGGCUCCACUAAGCUGAGCGCUAAUCAUAACAUUAGACAACACGUGGAGAUCUUGAAUGAAAGCGAGAAGUUCAAGCGUUUGGUUAGUCUUCUCAACUCUUUUGAUAAUGCUCGUGUACUUGUCUUCACCGAAACAAAGAAGCGAACGGAUGAGUUAUGUGAAAAGCUUCAAGAUAAGGGUUUUGAUGCCACAGCUAUGCAUGGAGAUAAGCACCAAAAAGAGCGGGAUCGGGCCCUAGACAUGUUUCGCGAAGGUCGCAUAUCUGUUCUUGUCGCCACUGAUGUCGCAUCUAGAGGAUUGGAUAUUAAUGACGUUCGCUACAUCAUCAAUUAUGAUUAUCCAUCUCAGACAGAAGAUUACAUUCACAGAAUUGGAAGAACAGGUAGAAGUGACAAGAAAGGAACUGCUUACACCUUCUUUAGUGCUAAACAACCGAGAUUGGCUCGUGAACUAAUUGAUGUCUUGAAGGAAGCACGCCAAACAAUCCCUGAUGAACUAUUUAAGAUUGCUGAAGGGUAUUACGUCGAAAGAAACCGGACAUCUGGACAGUCUUGGCGUCGCAACAAAUCAGCUUCAAGCAGAAGUCGAAGUUCAGGUAAAAGAAGUUUAUCCAAGAGGAGUCAAUCCACCACUAGCCACCGUUCUCGAUCUGGCUCAACUCACAGUGGUACACCAUAUGGUUCUAGAAGCCCCUCUCAGAGUAAAGAUUAUCGUUCACGUGCAAAGUCUAAGAGCUUUUCACGUAAUGGCAACGGAGCAGCUAGUGAUGAGUCAAAAACCAGCUCACCUAGACGACGACGAUCCUACAAGUCACAGACACCUCCAAAGCACAAAGAUCGAUCUCAUUCUUCUCGAUCUUCAAAGGGUGAGUACCGUGAACAGUCUACCUCUCGCCGGUCCAGUUCAGAUAGAAGUCCGCCUACUCGAAAUAAAGCCAGAAGUCCUUCAAGUCGAAGUUCACAUUCUGACAGGCAUAAGUUCUCACCACAGAGGGAAGGUGCAGCUCGUUCAGUAUCUACUGGGGAUCGGUCUUUGUCUGGUCGCCGCUCACAGUCAUCAGUCCGCGGGUCCCGCUCUCCAAGUAGUGACACCCGGCGCUCGCAUCACGAGUCAAAGUCGAACAGGUCUUCGGUCAGUCAUCAUUCUCACCAAAGCCCAACUCGAGACUGCAGCGAAAGUCCAGGACAUUCACCUGUGAGGAGUGGUCCUGAUAUUGCUGACCAUUCAUCACGUUCGGUUGUCGAUGUAAGUCCUGCUGAUGGGGAGGACGAUGGGUCUAUAGGACAUGAUCAUUCCUCAGUAUCCGGGAAGAACGAGUCCAUCUCGCCUCCCAAUUCGAGGGAUGUAUCACCCCAUUCACCAGCCAAAAAUGAGAGUCCUAAAGCGAAGAGACCUCGAGACGAUAACGUUUCUGGUCGACAUUCUAAGAGUAAAAGUCGGUCGCAGUACAAUGACUCCUCUAGAGAUGAACGCUCCGGUGAUUACAAACAUUCAGCUGACUCCCGCCACAGUAGAAAAGACCGCAAGGAAGUUUAUAACGCUCGUGAACGUCGUUCCCGUUCUUCAGAUGAUUACUCAGAUCGCAAUCGUCGAGAUCGUUCUUGGACACCAUAUGGCGAUGUUCCCUCUUACAGCUAUAAUUACAAGUUCAAGUAUAAUCCAAAAUACAACCGCAACAAAAAUUACUAUCGUUCGCGUUCACGUUCAUCGUCAGGUUGGCAGCCACGUGAUAGAAGCAGAAGCCGGUCAGGUCGUGAACGAAGUCCGAGGAAAAUACGAGAUAAUCGCAGACGAUAG